AGUGUGACGGCGUAUGGUCGCAGCAUGAUUGAACAAACUCGUGCGGAAGUCGAGCGACAUUAUUCGAUUGCAAAUGGGUACGAAAAUGAUGCCCAAGUCAUUUAUGGCGACACUGAUUCGGUGAUGGUAAACUUUAAAGUUAAAACAUUAGAGAGCGCAAUGGAAUUGGGACGCGAGGCUGCAGAGUUAAUUAGCCAAAAAUUUGUAAAACCCAUUAAGCUAGAAUUUGAGAAGGUGUACUAUCCGUAUUUAUUGAUCAAUAAGAAGAGAUAUGCGGGUCUGUAUUUUACCAAUCCGAGCAAAUAUGAUAAAAUGGAUUGCAAAGGAAUCGAGACUGUUCGUCGAGAUAAUUGUACCUUAGUUGUUGAUGUUAUAAAUACAUGCCUGCAGAAGUUAUUAAUCCACAGAGAUCCGGAAGGUGCGAUUGCAUAUGCAAAACAAGUCAUUUCAGAUUUGUUACAAAAUAACAUAGAUAUAUCGCAGCUAGUAAUCACAAAGGAAUUAACAAAAGCGGACUAUGCCGCAAAGCAAGCGCACGUGGAACUGUCGAAGAAAAUGACCAAACGCGAUCCGGGUAAUGCCCCAAAGCUGGGCGAUCGUAUCCCGUAUGUUAUAAUCGCAGCAGCAAAAAACACACCCGCCUUUCAAAAAGCGGAGGACCCCAUUUAUGUCCUCGAAAACAAUAUUCCGAUUGAUGCAACAUACUACUUGGAAAAUCAGCUCUCUAAACCCUUAAUUAGGAUAUUCCAACCUGUUCUUGGGGAUAAUGCAGAAUCGAUUUUAUUACGUGGUGAACAUACCAGAACUAAAACUGUGGUAACAUCUAGAGUAGGAGCUCUUUCCGCGUUUACUAAAAAAAAGGAUACCUGUUUGGGGUGUCGUUCAGUUCUGACAGAUAAUUGUAACGGUGCGGCUCUAUGUAUGCACUGCAAGCCCAAGGAAUCGUCGUUGUAUCAACAAGAAUUAUCGCAUCAUCGUUUGUUGGAAGAUCGGUUUGCUGCCUUGUUUACAGAAUGCCAAAGAUGCAUGGGAUCUUUACACGAAGAAAUUUUAUGCACCAGCCGAGAUUGUCCUAUAUUCUAUAUACGCAAGAAGGUGCAAAUGGAGUUACAGACUAGCGAUAAACGAAUAAACAGAUUUGGAGAGAACUUAAUUGAGGAGUGUUAACCAGUUGUUCAAUUAUUAUUGUCUUAGAAAUGUAUUUUUUAUUCAAGCUCAAUUUAUCUUAAUAACUUAAAUAUACAAAUUAUACAUU